AGGUUAUAUAUAGGGGUGCCGCAGUCGAUUGUUUCUUUGACACAGGCGGAGUGAGGAGUGACAUGGCGUCGACGAGCCGUGGAGAUGGCCUGGCCCUACCCAGAGUUACCUGUCCUAACCAUCCAGAUGCCAUACUGGUGGAAGACUACAGAGCAGGGGACAUGAUUUGCCCUGACUGUGGACUUGUAGUAGGGGAUCGUGUUAUUGACGUCGGCUCAGAGUGGAGGACGUUUUCAAAUGAGAAAGCUCUCAAAGAUCCAUCCAGAGUGGGAGACGCCCAAAACCCACUACUCAAUGGAGGUGACCUCACCACCAUGAUCAGCAAGGGAACAGGCGCAGCUAGUUUUGAUGAAUUUGGUAACUCCAAGUACCAGAACCGGCGGACCAUGAGCAGCUCAGACCGGGCCAUGCUCAACGCCUUUAAAGAGAUCAGCACCAUGGCGGACCGCAUCAACCUGCCCAGGAACAUCGUAGACCGAACAAACAACUUAUUCAAGCAGGUCUAUGAACAGAAAAGUCUGAAGGGACGAGCUAACGAUGCCAUUGCUUCAGCCUGCCUCUACAUCGCCUGCAGACAAGAAGGUGUACCGAGAACAUUUAAAGAGAUCUGUGCUGUCUCCCGGAUCUCCAAGAAAGAGAUCGGCAGAUGUUUCAAGCUGAUCCUGAAGGCGUUGGAGACUAGCGUGGACCUGAUCACCACCGGAGACUUCAUGUCCCGCUUCUGUUCAAACCUCGGUCUACCCAAACAGGUACAGAUGGCAGCCACCUUUAUCGCCAGGAAGGCCGUGGAGCUGGACCUGGUGCCUGGCAGGAGCCCCAUCUCUGUGGCUGCGGCCGCCAUCUACAUGGCCUCCCAGGCGUCUGCAGAGAAGAAGACUCAGAAAGAAAUCGGGGACAUUGCCGGUGUCGCAGAUGUCACAAUCAGACAGUCCUACCGACUCAUCUACCCGCGUGCCGCAGAACUCUUCCCUCCAGACUUUAAAUUCGACACACCCGUUGAUAAGCUGCCCCAGCUGUGAGGGCGACACUCCCUGCUCAGUGACAACGUUGUUCUGCUGUUCUUACAGGAUUGUAUUCUUUCUUUUUUAAAAAAAUGUUUGUGUUGGAUUAGGAAGGCUUCUCUCCUCCUUCCUAAGACUCAGAGCCUUUGUUGAGGCGCUCACAAGAAAAACAAACGGACACAUUCCAGUGCUUAAACAGCUGGCAGACUGUGCUUACAGUAUUUCAUUUGACUGUGUAUACUGUAUCAUGUUUAUAUGUCCACGUGUGAACAUGUAACUGAUGCUUGCAAAUUUAGGCUGGUUUCAUACUGUACACAUUAAAGAGCUUUGUUUUUUUUUGUUUUUUUUAGAAAAUGACCAGGUUCUAUUUUGUUAGUUUGUUUGAUCUGUUUCAAGUAAUUUAAAAAAAAUAAAUGAUUUUCAUUAAAGAAUUGUAAUCA